AAAGUGCAAACUAAAAAUCAAGAGCAUCAUUAACCCACUUUGACACGACACACACAGUCAUCCAUGGUUUAAGAGUUCCCACUGUUUUUCAGUGUCUUGUUUUUUUCGCAUCUAGAAAAAACACUCACGUGGUUGAUAACAAGCUACAUGGCCUUCAACCUUUCUUCCUCUUCAAACUUGUGGACAUCCUUCGCUCCACCAUCUAAUUUCAUUUCUUUUUUCCUGGCAGAAAAAAAAGAAGAAGAAAAUUUGUCAAAAUAUUCAGAGACAUAAACUGUGUAGUUUGUGGGAAUUCUUCAGAAAAAGUAUUGGUGUGAAAACUAACUGCACAGUCUAUGUCUCCUAAAAUUAACAUUAAGCACCCCAGUAAUAGUAAUUAAGCAAAGUAAGAAAAAUAGAAAAUUAAAGGUCGAAGAGAAUGACACAUCUGAACAGUGUUUUGUCUGAAACCGCAAAGAACAGAAGAAAGAAACAUUUGAAACUUGCACGACUCAACUACAAUCUCUCUUAUGAACACAUCUCAUUUGAACCUCUAUAAACAAAUUUUCAAACCUUAACACCUUACGAAAAUCAACUAAAGAAAACCAUUGAUGGCGCUCCCUCACUCCAUCUCUGCCUUAGCCACCACACUCACACUCUCCUCCCCAAUAACCAAACCCCAUAAAGUUAACCCCUUUCCCUUUUCCUCGAACCGAAAUUCACAAUUUUUAACGAAACAAACGCGACCCAGAAGCAGAAGAAACCUCUCCCUAACCCCUGCACGCGUUGCGGCGCCACCCUCAACGGUUGAAGCCGAUCGAUUAUACCCAGAGGCCGAAAAUAACGAAACUGAGGAAGAGUUUAGCGACGAGAGCUCUUCCUCUAAAUUCACUUGGAGGGAUCACUGGUACCCUGUCUCGUUAAUUGAAGAUCUGAACCCUCUCUUGCCCACACCGUUUCAGCUUCUGGGUCGUGAAAUCGUGCUCUGGUACGACAAGUCCAUUUCCCAAUGGGUUGCUUUUGAUGACAAAUGCCCCCAUCGUCUUGCCCCUUUAUCUGAAGGGAGGAUAGAUGAAGAUGGGAAGUUGCAGUGUUCUUAUCAUGGGUGGUCUUUUGAUGGGUGUGGAUCUUGUGUUAAGAUUCCUCAGGCUUCAUCUGAAGGCCCCGAAGCACGUGCUAUUGGAUCUCCUAAAGCAUGUGCCACUAGGUUCCCUACCUUGGUGUCCCAGGGUUUGCUCUUUGUAUGGCCUGAUGAGAAUGGUUGGGAGAAAGCAAAGGCCUCCAAGCCUCCAAUGUUGCCUGAUGACAUUGACAAACCGGAGUUUGCCACGGUCAACAUUCAGCGUGAUCUGUUCUAUGGUUACGAUACUCUCAUGGAGAAUGUCUCUGAUCCUUCUCACAUUGAGUUUGCUCAUCACAAGGUCACGGGAAGGAGAGACAGAGCCAAACCUCUGCCAUUCAAGAUGGAUUCUCGUGGUUCAUGGGGCUUCUCUGGAGCUAAUGAAGGGAACCCACAGAUCAGUGCCAAGUUUGUUGCACCAUGUUAUAUGAUGAACAAGAUUGAGAUUGAUACCAAACUCCCUGUAGUUGGUGACCAGAAAUGGGUAGUAUGGAUAUGUUCCUUCAAUGUCCCCAUGGCACCUGGUAAGACUCGCUCCAUUGUUUGCAGUGCUCGAAACUUCUUCCAGUUCUCAGUGCCAGGGCCUGCCUGGUGGCAAGUCGUUCCUAGAUGGUAUGAGCAUUGGACUUCAAAUAAGGUAUAUGAUGGAGACAUGAUUGUCCUUCAAGGUCAAGAGAAAAUCUUCCUUUCAGAAACCAAGGAAGGUGGUGACAUUAACAAACAGUACACAAACAUCACCUUCACACCAACACAGGCAGAUCGCUUUGUCUUGGCAUUCCGAAAUUGGCUGAGGCGACAUGGCAAUGGCCAACCAGAAUGGUUUGGAAACAGCAGCGACCAGCCAUUGCCAUCAACUGUGUUAUCAAAACGUCAGAUGUUGGAUAGAUUUGAACAGCACACUCUCAAGUGUUCAUCAUGUAAAGCAGCAUAUGAGGGAUUCCAAACAUGGCAGAAAGUCCUAAUUGGGGCAACAGUUGUGUUUUGUGCAACAUCAGGGAUCCCAUCAGAUUUCCAGUUGCGUGUACUUUUGGCUGGACUCGCAGUUGUCAGCGCAGCCAUAGCUUUUGCCCUAAACCAACUCCAAAAGAAUUUUGAAUUCGUGGAUUACGUGCAUGCGGAAAUCGAUUAAGCACGUCCCUCCAAAGGAACUUCAACUAGUUAGUUGUAAAUAGAGUUGAAGACAAGUACAUGUACACUAGUAUUUUGAUGAAAAGAGCUCAAAUCUACCUAACCUUAGUGUUAUCAUUAAAUUCAACGAAUACAAGUACAUAACCCAUGGUUUUGAAAUGCCCAUACACGAUUCCAGCAAAACGUGUUAGACAUGAAAACAGAGUUUGCAUUAUGUUAUUUGCACAGAAAUGUGUUCACUUUCAUUUCAAAACAAUCUACUGAUACUUACUCAA